AUGGAUAUCACGCUCCCCUCCACCAGCUCUGCCCUAUUCAACGUCCCAAAGCUAGCCGAGGAUGGCAGCAACUGGAUUACCUACAAGGAGAGAACAUUAAUGGCAAUCGGUGCGAGAGGUCUGAUGCGCUAUAUCACUGGUCGCGCAGUACGACCUGCCCCUAUCUCCUUGCCUCAAGAGGAUGAUGGCACCGAAGUGGCGGACGCAGAGAUCGAGGCAUUUGAAAAGAAAAUGGACGAGUACUAUCAAAAGGACUCACUAGUGAAGCAACAAAUCUUCAGCACCAUAACGGAUAGGCUGUUGUUGCGCGUCCAGAAGCUCAGGUCCGGAUCAAAUGUCUGGGCCGAGAUCUGCAACAUCCAC